UGCGGCUCUGCGCCUCGGCGGGGCUGCGUGCGUGUGUCCCUGUCCGCGCGCCGAAACGGGGCUCUUCGAGGGAUCGGCGUCACAUGACUCCGCCUGCCCCCAGCCGGCGCGCAGAUCGCCCUUCCCUCACUUUGCCGGGGGAGGGUCGAGCGACAUCCCCCGGGGCCCCGGAGCUCUGCGGAGAGAGGAGGCUCCGGCAGGGAAUGCUCCUUCUACGUUCAAGAAACCCCAGCUCGGCGGCGGCGCCGGAGCCCGGAGUGUAGAUCUUGAGGAGGGUGGGGUGGGAGGGCGAGGGGGGAGCGAUCGAGAGAGAGAGAGAGAGAGAGAGAGAGAGAGAGAGAGAGAGAGAGAGAGAGAGAGAGAAGCAGCGCGGCGCGCACCGACGAGGGGCUGCCGGGGGCCGCGCGGGGAAGAUGUAAGCGCGUGGGGUCUCGCUGGCCUCCGAGCACCAUGCAGAAAGGGAUCCGGCUGAACGAUGGCCACGUCGCGUCCCUUGGACUGCUGGCACGCAAGGACGGCACGCGCAAAGGCUACCUGAGCAAGCGGAGUUCGGACAACACAAAAUGGCAAACCAAGUGGUUCGCGCUGCUGCAGAAUUUGCUCUUCUACUUCGAAAGCGACUCGAGCUCUCGGCCCUCGGGGCUCUACCUGCUGGAGGGCUGUGUCUGCGACCGCGCGCCCUCCCCCAAGCCGGCGAUCUCUGCCAAGGAGCCGGCGGAGAAACAGCAUUACUUCACGGUGAACUUCACCCAUGAGAACCAGAAGGCCUUGGAGCUGAGGACGGAGGAUGCAAAGGACUGUGACGAGUGGGUGGCAGCGAUCGCUCAUGCCAGCUACAGGACACUGGCCACGGAACACGAGGCGCUCAUGCAGAAGUACCUGCACCUCCUGCAGAUAGUAGAGACAGAGAAGACGGUGGCCAAGCAGCUGCGACAGCAGAUUGAGGACGGCGAGAUCGAGAUCGAACGACUGAAGGCGGAGAUUGCAUCCCUGCUCAAGGACAAUGAACGCAUCCAGUCCACCCAGACUGUCACCCCCAAUGACGAGGACAGUGACAUCAAGAAAAUUAAGAAGGUACAGAGCUUCCUUCGGGGCUGGCUGUGCCGGCGGAAGUGGAAGACCGUCAUCCAGGACUACAUCCGGUCUCCCCACGCUGACAGCAUGCGCAAGAGGAACCAGGUGGUGUUCAGCAUGCUGGAGGCCGAAGCCGAGUAUGUGCAGCAACUUCACAUCCUUGUCAACAAUUUUCUGCGCCCGCUGCGCAUGGCAGCCAGCUCCAAGAAGCCUCCCAUCACACACGAUGACGUCAGCAGCAUCUUCCUGAACAGUGAGACCAUCAUGUUCCUGCAUCAGAUCUUCUACCAAGGCUUGAAGGCCCGCAUCUCCAGCUGGCCCACCCUGGUGCUGGCCGACCUGUUCGACAUCCUGCUGCCCAUGCUCAACAUCUAUCAGGAGUUCGUGCGCAACCACCAGUACAGCCUCCAGAUCCUGGCUCACUGCAAGCAGAACCGGGACUUUGACAAGCUCCUCAAGCAGUACGAAGCCAAGCCAGACUGCGAAGAGCGCACGCUGGAGACCUUCCUCACCUACCCCAUGUUCCAGAUCCCCAGGUACAUCCUGACACUUCAUGAACUGCUGGCCCACACACCUCAUGAGCACGUGGAGCGCAACAGUCUGGACUAUGCCAAAUCCAAACUAGAGGAGCUGUCCAGGAUCAUGCAUGACGAAGUCAGUGAGACAGAGAACAUCCGAAAGAACCUGGCCAUCGAGCGCAUGAUCAUCGAGGGCUGUGAGAUCCUCCUCGACACCAGCCAGACCUUCGUGCGGCAAGGUUCCCUCAUCCAGGUGCCCAUGUCAGAAAAGGGCAAGAUCACCAGGGGCCGCCUGGGGUCUCUGUCCCUCAAGAAGGAGGGUGAGCGGCAGUGCUUCCUGUUCUCCAAGCACCUCAUCAUCUGCACCAGAGGCUCUGGAGGGAAACUGCACCUGACCAAGAAUGGAGUCAUAUCUCUCAUCGACUGCACCUUAUUGGAGGAACCAGAAAACACAGAAGAGGAAGCCAAAGGAACUGGCCAGGACAUAGACCACUUGGACUUUAAGAUCGGGGUGGAGCCAAAGGAUUCCCCACCCUUCACGGUCAUCCUGGUGGCUUCAUCCAGGCAGGAGAAGGCAGCGUGGACCAGUGACAUCAGCCAGUGCGUGGAUAAUAUCCGGUGCAACGGGCUCAUGAUGAAUGCAUUUGAAGAAAAUUCCAAGGUCACCGUGCCACAGAUGAUCAAGUCUGAUGCCUCCUUAUACUGUGAUGAUGUUGACAUUCGCUUCAGCAAAACCAUGAAUUCCUGCAAAGUGCUGCAGAUCCGUUACGCCAGCGUGGAGCGGCUGCUGGAGCGCCUGACAGACCUUCGCUUCCUGAGCAUUGACUUUCUCAACACCUUCCUGCACUCCUAUCGAGUCUUCACUACCGCUGUGGUGGUCCUAGACAAGCUAAUCACCAUCUACAAAAAGCCCAUCAGUGCCAUCCCCGCCAGGUCACUGGAGCUCCUGUUUGCCAGCGGCCAGAACAACAAGCUUCUGUAUGGAGAGCCCCCCAAGUCCCCUCGUGCCACCCGCAAGUUCUCCUCACCACCACCCUUGUCCAUCAGCACAUCGUCCCCAAUCCGUCGGCGGAAGCUGUCCCUCAACAUCCCCAUCAUCACAGGCGGCAAGGCGCUGGACCUGGCUGCACUCAGCUCCAACUCCAAUGGCUACACCAGCCUGCACUCCCCCAUGUCUCCCUUCAGCAAAGCCACGGUGGACACCAGCAAGCUCUGUGUGACCAGCAGCUUCACCAACAAGACUCCAGACGAGGCCGAUACGACUACAACCGCGACAACGACGACAACCACAACCGUUACCACCACCACAACUCCUACCCCUACCCCAACCCAGACCUCUACUCCAACCCCAACUCCAACUCCUACCCUAACACAGACCCCCACCCUGACUCCGACCCCAACCUCAACCCCAACCCGGACUCCAACCCAGACCCCAACCCGGACUCCAACCCAGACCCCAACUCCAGCUCCAACUCCAGGUCCAACUCCAGAGAAAUCUGAGGAGCCCUCAGCACUUAGCAAGCAGAGCUCUGAGGUCUCCGUGAAAGAAGAGUCUGACGUUGACCAGAACCAGAGUGACGAAGGUGACACUGAGGCAUCACCAACUAAAUCUCCAUCAACACCAAAAUCAGUCAAAAACAAAAACUCUUCAGAGUUUCCACUCUUUAACUAUAACAAUGGAGUCGUGAUGACCUCAUGUCGUGAACUGGACAAUAACCGAAGUGCCCUCUCAGCAGCCUCUGCUUUUGCCAUAGCAACUGCGGGGGCCAACGAGGGCACCCCAAACAAGGAGAAGUAUCGAAGGAUGUCCUUGGCCACCACAGGCUCCGCCAGUGCUGUCCUGCCAUCCUGGAGUCCCAUUCUCCCUACCCAGUCCCCUUUGAUCCUUGGUCAAAUUCUUCUGGCAGCAAAGAACGCCAAUCGAGAGAGCCCUCGGCACCCUUCCUCCCACCACCCACUUCCACAGCAACGGUUCCACACCAAAGCACUGCCAGGGUUCCCCCCUGACCAGAGAAAUGGCGACAAGGAGUUUGUGAUCCGCAGAGCUGCCACGAAUCGUGUGCUGAAUGUGCUCCGCCACUGGGUCUCCAAGCACUCUCAGGACUUUGAAACUAACAGUAAGCUCAAAAGCAAGGUGAUCAGCUUCUUGGAAGAGGUCAUGCGUGACCCAGAGCUUCUGACACAGGAGCGGAAGGCAGCGGCCAACAUCAUCAGGACUCUGACCCAGGAGGAUCCAGGUGACAACCAGAUCACGCUGGAAGAGAUCACACAGAUGGCAGAAGGUGUGAAACCUGAGCCCUUCGAAAACCACUCAGCCCUGGAGAUAGCAGAGCAGCUGACCCUCCUGGACCACCUUGUCUUCAAGAAAAUUCCUUAUGAGGAGUUCUUUGGACAGGGCUGGAUGAAGGUAGAAAAGAAUGAAAGGACGCCUUACAUCAUGAAAACCACCAAGCAUUUCAACGACAUUAGUAACUUGAUUGCUUCAGAAAUUAUCCGAAAUGAGGACAUCAAUGCAAGGGUGAACGCCAUUGAGAAGUGGGUGGCUGUGGCCGACAUAUGCCGCUGCCUACACAACUACAAUGCCGUGCUAGAGAUCACUUCCUCCAUGAACCGCAGCGCAAUCUUCCGACUCAAAAAGACAUGGCUCAAAGUUUCUAAACAGACGAAAGCUUUGAUUGACAAGCUCCAAAAGCUUGUGUCAUCAGAGGGCAGAUUUAAGAACCUCAGAGAAGCUCUGAAAAAUUGUGACCCACCAUGUGUCCCUUACCUGGGGAUGUACCUCACCGACUUGGCCUUCAUCGAGGAGGGGACACCCAAUUACACAGAGGACGGCCUGGUCAACUUCUCCAAGAUGAGGAUGAUCUCCCAUAUUAUCCGAGAGAUUCGCCAGUUUCAACAGACUGCCUACAAAAUCGAGCACCAAGCAAAGGUGACUCAGUACUUGCUGGAUCAAUCCUUUGUAAUGGACGAAGAAAGUCUCUACGAGUCUUCUCUGCGAAUAGAACCAAAACUCCCCACCUGAAGCUGUACCCAUGCCCCAGCCGCUCCCGUGGACAUCUGCUAUAUGAUAUUGUACAUAAUCGUUUGGUUCCUCUGGAUUUCUUCUUCAGUAUGUGCUCCUCCAAGAAUACAAAUCUGUUCUUGUUCUUAGAUUCCUGUAGAACUGGAAUACGACUUUCUGCACUGUCUCAGACUCUGCCCCGCCCCCUGCGGAGCCUGUUCCUUCCAACAGCUGUACUCCCCCAUCAGCUCUCCCAGGCCCUCACUCCAAUCAGAAGGGGAGACAGAGCCCACCUGACACAACUCUCAAACUCCAGUCCUGCUUCGUCCCUCCCAGCCCAGGCCCCUGGGUCGGCUCGGGCCGCCCAGGCAUCCUCCCCAGCAUGUUCCAUGUAGUUGUUAUAACUGGGUGGGGGGAGGGGGAGGAGGGAGGGGGAAGCCAUACCUGCAAGUCCAGUCCUUGACACCCCUUCCUGCUGACGGUGAUGCCGAUUUCCAAAGCAGCUUCUUCAGCCAAAAUCGCAGGUCUCAACAGUCCCCAUUUGUCUCCCAGUAAACCUGGCUGGAAGGGAGUCCUCUCCGCUGAGAACCACGCCCCUCACACCGAACACCACCACUACUGGCACCAUGUUGCUCUCUGCUCUAGGAUUAACACCCGAUAGCAUGAAAAGCAGGCUCAGUAGAAGUGAACACGGCCCCCGAACUUCUCUAGGAAAAUGGAAUCCUAACACCCAAGUUGCGGUGACCCUGGCCGACCUCUGCCCAGCCUCCACUGGAGGUCAGGAACACACACACACACACACACACAAAAGUCACUUCUCCUCUUUCAGCUGCCUGACAGUCACUCCGAGCUUAUGUUGAGAUGCCCUGAGUCUGUAUACCUUGUGGUAAUUAGUCUCACGACGUAGAAUUAGGAAAUCAAUAACCGAGUGUUUUUAUUGCAUACACUGUAGUCCUGUCUAAAUGCCUUCUAGCAGGAAUAUAGUAAGUUAGUGCUUAUUCUGUGAAUAUUACCAUGAUUUUUUUUUACACUGUACAGUAGAAAGAAUACAGGCUCACUCAGAAGUGGCAGGCAUGCUCCACUACAGCAGACAGACAACUUUUGCUGUAAGCAAUACCUAGUGGUAUGAGAAUUCUAUUUCAAGCCCUAAAAUAUUUCAACUUACAGCUUGUUUGGAAAACAAAACUUUCCAUUUUUUUGUAAAAAUAUAUGUUUCCUGAUUACCUCUUGCUAAUAAAUCUAUUCUAUCUCAGGGUGAA